AUGGCAUGGGUCAGCAAACACCUUGCAUCUUCUUCCAUCAGUGUGGAGCAAGUAGGUUGUGAUGAUAUACACAAAGAGAGACUCUCCGGUGACGAAGGGGCGGGGGUUGGCAGAGGUAGAAUGUGAGCCUUUCUUCUCCAAACUAGCUAACAGUUCUCCUCAGUUUUAGUUCUGACAGGAGCAGGCAACAGCUCUACUGCUAUCUUUCCUCCCUCCUGUCUGGUGUCUUUGAACACAGAGAGGCAGCCAUGAAUUACAGGACAGUAGUAAUGUACAUGGAGAUUGGCUGCUUUGUGAUCUGUGUGUGUGGAUGGAUCCUGGUCUGCUCUACGAUGCCCACUGAGAUAUGGACCUGGUCUGAGGUAGACAGCAUCGUUCUGACCAGUUCAAACUACUUCUCCAACCUCUGGAAGGAUUGUGUUUCUGAUUCAACUGGAGUGUCCGAUUGCAAGGGUAUCCCAUCGAUGUUCGGACUUAACUGUAAGUGAAGAAUUCAAGUGGGUGAAGGAGUCUUUGUUUUAUUAUAAUAGCAUGUCAAAAUAAUAAAACAACUGCAUUGGGUUCUUCGAGAGGCAAGAGGAAAAUGUACCCAGGUGCCACAAGGCUGUAUAACAAUGGAUGAGGUAUUGUGCAGUAGUGAAUUUAAACUUUCAUGAACAAACCAUGACCUCCUUACUCCUCCUCCUGGACAGGGGACAUCCAUAUGUGCCGAGGUCUGAUCAUCACCUCUAUUAUCUUGGGAUUCUUCGGGGCCAUUCUGCUCCUAGUCGGAAUGAAGUGCACAAAGAUAGGAGGAUCUGAGGUUACAAACGCAAGAGUGACUUUCGCUGGAGGGAUGAACUACCUUGUAUCUGGUAAACAUUUUCUUUUUGUUGAUGUUGACGUGGCUAUUCUUAUGGUUGGAUUCCUGGGUGAACUCUAACAGUCGAGUUGUCUUGUUCCAGGGUUGUGUUCCUUGAUUGCAUUCUCUUAUUAUGGAAACAAAAUAAGAGAAGAAUUUCAGGAUCCCAAUUUCAGGGCACAAAAGUGAGUAACAUUUAUCAAUUCUAUGUAGAUAAAAUGCUUAAAAAGGGGUUUAGAUUUGUAAUCAGUAAUAUAUGAAAACAUGUCACAAUUAUUAUGGUAUAAGGGACAUUAAGGUGUUUACAGUGAAAAUGCAUGGGACAUCUUCAUAGCUCAUUUUGAUCGUAUCCCAACAGGUAUGAAAUCGGAGUAGCUGUGUACAUUGGCUGGGGAGGCUCCACCCUACUGGUCGUUGGGGGCCUCAUUUGCAGUAUCUUUGCGGGGAAGGAAGCAUGUCAAUCAAGGUGUUUUUUUUCUUCUAUGCAUUUCAUAUCAAAAAUCACAUGCUCUAGAUUUCAAUUAAUGUGCAUAGUAAGGGGAUCUAAUGACGGUUCCAUCUCCAAUCCAAACUUCACAGCUCAAAGAACAAACACAUGCCUGUCUACAAGCUCCCUGAUGCCUACAUGGCACCUCCUGCUGAACAGACGCUCAGACCGAUGUCAACAGCGCUCACAGAGGGUGGAGAGAGCAGUAAAGUUAGCAGUGAGACUCGGAGCAGUAGGAGCAACAGCAAGACUCCUUCCAGUUUGAACGCUUAUGUGUAACCUGCUGUAGCAGUCUACAGUUUGACAUAAUAAGCUAUUCUGUGUUCUAUCCAUAUUGAUGUGUAAAGCGUUC